CAGACGGUCUACUGUCAAAUUUAAAUUUAAGAAAAUUAAUUAACCAUAGUUUGUAAACAUUAUAUUUUUUUUAAUAUUUAAAAAAUGGAAGAAGUUGAUAACAUUAUAAUUCAUACGUUAAAAAAUAUAGGAUGUGACAUUGAUGAAGAGAUUGUUAGCUUAAAACAAUUCACCGAUGAAAUAAUUGUAAAAGCUGUGAUAUGUUGUCUAGAAGCAAUUACUCCAGGAACAGGAUUGCCAAAAAUACUACCGGCUUCAAUGAGUUUACGAUUACGUACAGCCACAUCAAUUGCAGAAAUGAUUAAGGACUUAGGAUAUAGGGGAGAUAUGGGUUACCAAACUUUAUUGUAUUCAAAUGAAGUUGAUAUUCGACGUAUGUUUAUGUUUUUAGUUGAGCGUUUGCCAAGAGAUACAGAUAAAGCUGGUGGUCAUGUCAAAGUAAAAGGUCGUUUUGAAAUAUUAAUGAACGAUAUUCGAGCUAAAAUUACAAAUGACUUAAAAAAGAAAUGGAAACCGGAAUUAAUGAUAACAGAUAAUAUUCCUUUCCGAUCAAGAUCUUUAACUGUCCCUGAAACAUUUUCAAAAAACAUUUCUGAAGAUAAAAAGGAAUAUUGGAAUAGAUAUUUAUUACCGAUAACUGAACAGUGUACGGAACAAGAAUUAAUUCCAUCAUUGAUCGUAUUAAACGAGAUAGAAGAAAGUAAAGUUGGGCAAAUAUCACGUGAAGAAAGUUUACAUGCGUUAAAUAAACAAACGAAUAAUAUAAGUGAAGCCAUAGAUAUUCAAGAUAUAAACACUGAAAUUACGUUAAACAAAGCGUUAAAUAAUACGAUGGAAGAUGAAACCGUUGAAAAGAUGAAAUCCCUGUCGGUCGACGAUAUUAAAAACACGAUUCAAAGUGUAACGGAUAAUGUUCAUCGGCUAAAAGAUGAAAUACAAACUUUAGAUGAAGAAUUAAAAAUUUUAAAACGAAAAGAAACUCAAAUUUUAGAACAGAAGAAAAUAGAAGAUGAACUAUUAGAAAAUAAUGUGAAACAAUUAAAAAUUAAAUCAAGAAGCUAUAAAUUGUUACCCAGUAAAGAUGAAAAUGUACAAAAAUUGGAAGAAAUGAUUCAAGCAAGCACUGAAAAGUUAACAAAUCUAGCAAAUCAAUGGAAUAAACAUCGUACAACAUUAAUUGAAGAAUAUCGUAAUUUACGUGAAAUAUCUACUUUAAAAGAUUCAGAAAGCUAUAAAAUCGAAGAAGAAUUUGAGCAAGAAAAGCAAAAAUCUAAAGAACUUGAGAAAGAAAUUGCAAUAAAAAAUGUUCUACAUAAGCAGUUACAAGAUGAAGUUGCACAAUUAUCAAAAACUGUUAACAGAUUUGCAUACACUCAUCGAAUAAUGGAAAUUAUUGGAAAUAUUCGUAAACAAUGUACAGAAAUGGACAAAAUUUUAGAAGAUACGAAACAAUUACAAAAAGAUAUCAAUAAAUUAACCGGGAAAUUAGAUCGAUCUUACGUUUUAACCGAUGAAAUGAUUUAUCGUGACGCAAAACAAGAAGAAACUUCCCGAAAAGCAUAUAAGUUGUUAGUAACAUUACAUUCUGAUUGUAAUGAUAUUAUUGAAGUUGCAAAACAAACGGGAUCAAUUGUACGUGAAAUUCGCGAUUUACAGGAACAAGUUGAUACUGAAAAAUCCUACGAUAUUGGUGCUAGAAUUGAUCGUAUUACUGCUGAUUUGGAACAAGUUCGUAAAGAAACCACAACACUUCAACAAGAAAAAAUGAAUCGAAAGUCUUAGUAAAAUUUUAAUAAUACUCUGAAAUUAAAAAAUCUAAAAACUAUGAGAACUAGAUUCUUAUUAAAAAUAUUCACAUGUCUUUUUAACGAGUGUCACAUGAAAUUAUGUACAGAAUGUUUAAGAAUGAACCAUAGUCGAACCGGGCGUUACAAUUUAGAAAAGUGCCAAAAUAAAAUAAUUUUUGACACUAAAUAAUCCAAAGCCAUGAAAUUCUAGUUGAUUUACGGUUGAACGACAAGUUUCUGACGUUUCGGCUUAAGAAAUUGCUUUGGGAUAUCACCCCUCAUAUAUGAUUUUAGUCGAUAUUUCAGAAACUCUUCGAUCAAUCCGUAAAGAAAACCGAU